AUGCAAUUUUUCCUAUACUUUUUAUUCUUUCUAAGCUCGGUGAGAUGUGCAUUAGUCACAAUCACAUCGCAGGCUAAUAACCUGGUGUGGGAAAGUGAUGUUUCUACUGCGCACAGUUCUCAAACAUAUAUGGCCGGUGAACCUUAUCUGGUUUACUCAUCUCCUCAAGGUAAGGUCUCAGCCUCAAGCGUGGUAUACUCAUCCGCACAAAGCGAGGUCUCAGCUUCGAGCGUGAUUGACUCUUCUCCACAAAGCAAGAUCUCAGCUUCGAGCGUGAUUGACUCUUCUCCACAAAGCAAGGUCUCAGCUUCGAGCGUGAUUGACUCUUCUCCACAAAGCAAGGUCUCAGCUUCGAGUGUGGUUAACUCUUCUCCACAAAGCAGGGUCUCGGCUUCGAGCGUGCUGAGUGCUGUUACCACAGUUGGUACUGUUACGCAGACUUCCACAGACCCUUCUGAUGGUUCUAAGGUGCUCACUGGUGUGCAGUCGACUUACACAGUUUCAAGUUUUAAUUUACCAGUCGACUCCUCGAAAAGAGUUACUACUCUACUGACAAAGUCUUCAUCUACUACUACUUCAACUCUAUUCUCUACUUCUCUCCCUGUCCAGAGUGCACAAGUUAAUGGUACUAGACUGACAUCGAUUUCUUCUGAGUCACUCAAUCCGUUAGUGACCCAGAAACCGUCGUCAUCCAUGCAAACCACUGUGAUCAAUCCUGUUACUUUGAGCUCAAAUAAGACAGUCUCUAUUUCGAAGACAACCAGUUUAUCUGUAUCGCAAAUCUGGAAUAGCUCUUAUAUUGAUACCUACAGUUCAGGUUCUACGGCAACACGCUCUAAUGUCAUUUACACGAAGUCAUCGAUUUCAUCCAAUGUGACUUACUGGUCUACUUCUUCUCAAAUCCUGUCUUCGAUCAAAUCCUCGAGUCCAGUGAUUGAAUCAAGCUCUACUAUUAUCAGUGGUACCUCGCCCUCUACCUCUUCCAGCCAAACUACUUCCGUUAUUCAGUCUUCCAGUGCUCCAUCAUCAUCAAUAUCAUCAAUAUCGUCAUCAUCAUCAUCAUCAUCAUCAUCAUCAUCAUCAUCAAUAUCAUCAUCAUCAUCACCAUCAUCAUCAUCAUCAUCCUACACACCCGUUGUACAAUCCAAGGCGACUGUGGACAUCUUUCAGGCUAUUUCGACCGAUUUGCCUCCAUUGGUUUUCCCUAGAGCCGCAAAUCCGAUGUCUAUCGCCAGUGGUGUUAGCAACGAUGGCCCCAUCCAAACCAACAAAUUCUACACAAAUUUGAUGGUCGGAAGUCAAAGCUCUUCUGCCUUCGUCUACCCAUACUCGCUAUGGAAAUACAGUUCAGGUCAAAAUUUGGGGCUUGUUGUCCAACACACAAGCAGCAAUCAGUAUUCUUUCGGAAAUUAUGACUCUAACGGAAACUCUGAGUUCCUAGUAAACCCACUAGGUAUUAAUGAGCUCUUCUUUUCAUCCACGAACUUCAACUCCGGUGCUAUGAUGAAUUUGGACACUAUGACCCCUUCUUCAACUAACGUGAAACUGGUUCAAGGAAGUGCAGGUAAUGACUACGUCGAAAUUCCCUUGGUUCAGGGUAUGGGGUUUGCAACUGCUAUUUAUCACGGGUCUCUCAUUGCUAAGCUAGGUUCGGGUGUGGGAAUCAAGGUAUUUUCUCAAGUGAACUCUGAAUUCUUGGCUGAUGGUAUUAUCAAGUAUCGUAUUGAGCUGCUGAGCGGAGUCACUUGGUUAUGUUACGUUACCAUUCCUGAUAAUGUCUCAAAGAGCUCCUUCAGUUUAAAUGCUCAAAACGCUUAUUCUAUCGUUGGGAACACUGCCAUCGAUGGCUUAAUCAUUCAAACUUCAGUCGCCCCAGAGGACGCAAAUUUGGAAGUAUUCUAUGACCAAGCUGCUGGUAUGUAUAUUACGGACAUGCAAUUAACAGGCACAUCAGAUGGCGAAACUGCAAACUAUGGAUUCACAUACACUACCAAAGGUAAGUCCUUGUCAGGUAACAGUAUAAUCUUUGCUUUACCUCACCACGAGUCUUCCUUGGUUCCUGCCAUGGCAAACUCAUAUACGGGUAUCUGCAUGCAAUCCACGACUAAGGGAGUUAUGAAAGGUUAUUUGAGCACCUAUUUAAAGUUCUCUCAAGAGCUGAACAAACAGUUAUCAUGGUUACCUUGGUCACCUCAACUUGGUUCCGCUGAGCUUAAAUUCUCCAGCGAGCAACUGAAACUGCUAGCAGAAGUGGCCAAUGCCGAGUUGCAAGUAAGUAUCUCGGCGUCCAUCAGCGGAUUAAAUACAUACUACAUUGGGAAGGUCAUCGACAAAUACGCUUACAUCCUUUUGACAGUCUCACAGAUUAUCGGUGAUGAGGACGUUACCAGAAGUACAUUGACGAACUUGAAAACAGCUUUUGACAUACUUAUCAACAACAAGCAGUUUUAUCCGCUAAUUUAUGACACAAAAUUUAAUGGUCUGGUCAGCUCAGGUGACUGGGGUUCCACAAGUACUGGCUACGAUUUCGGGAACACGUAUUACAAUGAUCAUCACUUCCACUAUGGUUACAUCAUUCACGCUGCUGCGGUUGUAGGGUACGUUGAUCAACAGCUUGGAGGAAACUGGGCGGAAGAGAACAAAGACUGGGUCAAUACUUUAGUAAGAGAUGUUGCCAAUCCUUCCCAGGAAGAUACCUACUUUGCCACUUCCAGAAUGUUCGACUGGUAUCAUGGUCACUCUUGGGCCGCAGGAUUGUUCGAGAAUGGUAAUGGGAAGAACCAAGAAAGCAGUAGUGAAGAUUACAAUUUUGCUUACGGUAUGAAACUAUGGGGUUCAGUAAUUGAAGAUCAAUCCAUGGAGCUAAGAGGUGAUUUGAUGAUUAGUGUCAUGUCGGACUCCAUGGGUGAGUACUAUCUAUACGAAGACUCUAACAUUGUGGAACCUUCAAAGAUAAUUGGGAACAAAGUCUGUGGUAUUCUAUUUGAUAACAUCAUUGAUUACACAACUUACUUUGGUACCAAUGUGGAAUACAUACACGGAAUUCAUAUGCUACCAAUAACACCCGUAUCAGGCCAAAUACGCCAGCCUCAGUUUGUUAAAGAAGAAUGGGAGGAGAAAAUAUCUCCAAUAGUAAGUUCGCUCAACAAUGGGUGGUCCGGUAUACUUAGACUGAACGAAGCACUAUUCGACCCCGCUAGCUCCUAUGCCUUUUUCAGCGAUAAAAACUUCGAUUCAGGGUUACUUUUGGAUAACGGUAUGAGCCGAACUUGGGCUUUAGCAUUUUCUGGUGGGUUGGCCAAUUCUAUGGGACUACUCUAA